UUCGAUAGUGCAUAUAUACGUGUGUGUGUGAUGAUAAAUACAGAAUCAACACAACCAAACAGUCUCGUCUCGUCCCGUCCAUCAUCCUCCUCCUGAAUUCCAGUUCUCUCUCUCUCUUUCUCUCUCUCUCUCCUCUCCAUCUCAAUAUCUCAAUUGUAGAGAAGCAUAAACAACAUGGAAACAGCAGCCCAAAGCAUGAACAAAAAAACAAGGAGAGCAGUGUUCCUCAUCAACGCCGUCCUCCUAACCAUCGGUAACUGCGGCGGCCCACUCAUCAUGCGGCUCUACUUCCUCCACGGCGGCUCCCGAGUCUGGCUCUCCAGCUUCCUCGAAACCGGCGGCUGGCCCAUCAACUUCCUCCCCCUCCUCCUCACCUAUCUCCACCGCCGCUCCAACUCCGGCCCCACCACCCCUCUCUUCCUCAUCAAACCCCCCAUCUUCCUCUCCGCCGCCUUCAUCGGCCUCCUCACCGGCGCCGACGACUACCUCUACGCCUACGGCCUCGCCCGCCUCCCCGUCUCCACCUCCUCCCUCGUCAUCGCCUCCCAGCUCGGCUUUACCGCGCUCUUCGCCUACCUUCUCGUCCGGCAAAAGUUUGCUUCGUAUUCGAUUAAUGCCGUGUUUUUGCUGACUAUUGGUGCCGGGCUUUUGGCGCUGCAUACCAGCAGUGAUCGGCCCAAGGGGGAGUCCGAGGGGGAGUAUUUUCUAGGGUUUUUUAUGACCGUUGGGGCGGCUGCAUUGUACGGCUUUGUAUUGCCGUUGGUGGAGUUGACGUACAAGAAGGCCAAGCAGGCCGUUACGUAUAGUCUGGUCAUUGAGAUUCAGCUGGUUAUGUGUUUUUUUGCUACUGUGGUUUGCACUAUUGGGAUGAUCAUCAACAAUGACUUCAAGGCAAUUCCAAAGGAGGCAAUAGAAUUUGGACUAGGAGAAACAAAAUAUUAUGUGGUGCUGGUGUGCAGUGCCAUAAUAUGGCAGUGCUUCUUUCUGGGUGCAAUUGGAGUCAUCUUCUCAUCUUCAUCUCUGCUCUCCGCCAUAAUCAUCGCCGUUCUACUCCCGGUGACUGAAACACUAGCAGUUCUUUUCUACAGGGAAAAGUUUCAGGCAGAGAAAGGGAUAUCUCUUGUUCUCUCCCUUUGGGGAUUUGUUUCUUACUUUUAUGGUGAGUUCAAAGAUAGCAACAACAAUAAGAAGACUCAGACUCCAGGAACAGAGAUGCAACAUGCCAUUAGCCUUCCAUGAUGAAGUGUUUUAUGCAUAUGAGCAUUACUAAAUAAUGUAGUAGUCUGGCCAAAAUUCACAAUGGUCAUGUAAAAGCUUUAAAUAGUAUAGUAUUAGUACUUGGUCUA